AUGUUAUGGGUUGAUCAACCGGUUGGAGUUGGGUACUCAAAUGGUACGCCGACUGCUAUCAAUCAGGAGGACAUCGCUGCCGAUUUCGUCAACUUUUUCCAAAAGUUCCAAGAAGAAUAUGAUAUCAAGAACUUUCGAAUCUUCCUAACUGGUGAGAGUUAUGCGGGCCGAUAUGUACCCUACAUAUCCGCUGCCAUGCUCGACAAGAAUGAUACCGAACACUUCAAUCUCAGCGGAGCUCUGAUGUACGAUGCCUGCAUCGGCCAGUGGGAUUAUAUCCAGGCUACACUCCCCGCUUACCCCUUCGUUCAACAACAUGCCGAGCUGUUCAACUUCAACCAAUCAUUCAUGGGAGAGCUACAACAUACCUACGAACAAUGUGGAUAUAAGGAAUAUUUUGAUGAAUAUUUCACUUAUCCGCCCUCUGGUGUACAGCCCCCCAAAUACAUGAACUACUCCGAAUGCGACAUUUACAACAUGAUCUAUGCCGAAGCUUUUACACCAAACCCAUGCUGGAGUCCGUAUAAGAUCAGCCAAACAUGUCCACUCUUAUGGGAUGUCCUGGGCUUCCCCACAGACCUUGCCUACCAACCAGGUCCAGCAACCUAUUUCAACCGCACGGAUGUCAAGAAGGCUCUGCAUGUUCCUGAGAAUAUCGACUGGGAACUCUGCAGCGUGGAAAGUGUCUUUGUGAGCCCCAACCCGGGGCCCGAGCAACAAUUCGAUGAAUCUCCCAAUCCCACGGAACAUGUUCUACCCCGGAUUAUUGAAGCGACAAAUCGAGUGUUGAUCUCGAACGGAGAUUGGGACUAUCUGAUCAUCACGAAUGGAACGCUGCUGGCCAUCCAGAACAUGACUUGGAAUGGUGAGCUAGGCUUUCAGAGUCGUCCAAAAACUCCCAUUAAUAUCGACAUGCACGAUUUGCAAUACCGUGCCGUCUUCGAUGCUCAAGAGGGAUAUGGCGAUUUCGAUGGCCCGCAGGGAAUGAUGGGCGUUCAACACUAUGAACGGGGUCUGAUGUUUGCGGAAACCUUCCAAGCGGGUCAUCGACAGCCCCAGGAUCAAGGCCGGGUCUCUUAUCGCCAUGUCCAGUGGUUGUUGGGUGAGGAUGAUCAUCUUUGA